AGUCAGCGACCGUCUCAGACCCGGAGCGCGUCUUCACCAACGACAUCAUCAUGGCGGAUAACAUCGAGACCCUUGGUCACGAAGACAUCUAUCCGAUCAAUAAAGAUGGAAAAGAACAAACCCGUGCCUUCCUCAUGAAGGUCGUCGAAAUCCUUCUCGAAUACAUCGAUGAAGAGAACGAUCGCAAAUCGAAGAUCCUCGACUUCAAGAUGCCCGAAGAGCUUGAGCAGAUCCUGGACCUCGAUAUCCCUCAGAAAGGAUUGCCCCUCGGCCAGCUCCUGAAAGACUGCCGCUCGACCUUGAAAUGGCAGGUGAAGACGGGCCAUCCCCACUACUUCAAUCAACUCUCUUCGGGACUGGAUAUCCUAUCGCUCGCCGGAGAAUGGCUGACUUCGGCGGCAAACACGAAUAUGUUCACCUAUGAGAUCGCGCCUGUCUUCAUAUUGAUGGAGAACGUCGUGCUGAAGGAGAUGCGGAAGUUUCUAGGUUUCGUUCACGGCGACUCCAUCCUCGCUCCCGGCGGCUCCUUAGCGAACAUGUAUGCGCUCAUGGGUGCUCGUCAUAAGAUGUUCCCAAACUACAAAAAACUCGGACUCAAGGCGCUACCUCAACUCGUAAUGUACACAUCGAUUGAUAGCCAUUACUCAGCGAUGGGAGCGGCUGCGUCGUGUGGUCUGGGUACGGACAACGUCAUUCAGAUCGACGUCGAUGAGAUUGGUCGUAUGCGCGUAGACAAACUGGAAGAAGCGGUGCUCGCCACAAAGGCCAGGGGACAGGUUCCCUUUUUCGUGAAUUGCACCUGCGGAACAACUGUCGUUGGAGCUUUCGACCCCAUUAUACCCAUAGCCGAGCUAUGCCAGAAGUACGGCAUAUGGCUCCAUAUCGAUGCGGCCUGGGGUGGGGGUGUACUUCUCUCGAAGAAACACCGUCGCCUCAUGGAGGGUGUAGAAAGGGCGAACUCGGUGACUUGGAAUCCGCACAAACUCAUGGGCACUCACCUUCAGUGCUCGAGUAUCCAUUUCAAACAAGACGGAAUUCUUCUCGGCUGCAAUCAAAUGUGCGCAGAAUAUCUCUUCCAACAAGAUAAACAUUAUGACGUGUCUUUCGAUACUGGUGACAAAGUACCUCAGUGCGGUCGCCGGAACGAUAUCUUCAAACUCUGGCUUAUGUGGAGAGGCAAAGGAAACGAAGGAUUCGAGCAGCACAUCGAUCACUUGUUCGCAAUGUCCGACUAUCUAGUGCAGAGGAUGAAGGAGAUGCCCGAGAAGUUCCAUCUCAUUCAAGAACCCGAAAUGGUGAAUGUCCUCUUCUGGUACAUCCCGGAACGACUGAGGGAUCAGCCCGAUACCAAAGAAAGGAACGCCGAGCUCGGCAGGAUCACCGCCCAGCUGAAGGCGCGAAUGAUGACGACUGGAUCCCUUAUGAUCACUUAUCAGCCGCUGAGGCAUCUCCCCAAUUUCUUCCGGAACAUCGUGUCCAACGCCGCCGUAAAGAAAGAAGACAUCGAUUUUCUCCUGGCGGAACUCGACCGUCUCGGCCACGAUCUCUAAAGGGAAUACUGACGAGGACGGGUUCGCGAUCCUGGGAGUAGGUGCAUAAAGCCAAAUCCUGGAAUCUAUUCGUUUUGUGUUGUGCGACUUCAUCGUUAAGAGCUGAAUGACAUCCGGUGCGCUGCGGGGCUUGGGAAAUCUUCAGUAAGAUUCCAAAAAAAUCCCGUAUCCUUUUUGUGCGUGAGCACGCUCGAGCGAAAGCUUCUCUGCGUCUGGGGAAGCACAUCUUUCUUCCCCCGAAAGCUGAUCCACAUCUCCGACACCGCUUGUCUUUCAUUGCGCUCACCAACAGGGCGCUUUCCUUGCCUGUUCAAGGAGCCGGAUCGAGAAUCAUCACCUCAUGUCUUGGAGUGCGUUCCUUCGAAGCGACGAAUCAUCGUCCGAUUCCUCAUCCAGCACAUGCUGUCACCUCCUGGAACACCCUUAAUUGACGGCCUUUGAAAUUUCUGGUGAUUCCAAGAGGGGCUGAGAUCGAACUAAAAAAAACCUUAAAAGAAAAUACAGAGCGUGCCGCCGCCUACCGCAAGGCGAAUUUCAUCUUCAAGUGCCGGAAUCCUUCAACCACAUAGGAACGAGGAAGCGAUCCUGAGGUCCACGAGCCCCGCUGAGCAGCGGACUGCGGUGUCCGAGCCGGGUGUCAUUCAUCUAUUCAGAAAACUCUAACCGUAGCGAGCUUGGUUUGUCUAGUACGUGAAACGUGAACUAGUGUUCGAAAACCUAGAACGAGCUACGACUUGGAAAAACGCAUCUAUGCUGACGUCGCAGGAAAACUCUGGCGGACGACCUGGAACCAUCUGUUAUCCAGCGUCGUCCACUGCGCAAGUCAGAAGGGUAAUGUUAUUCUCCAACUUGUUGAAAUCUCAGAUUUGUUCAUGUUCCCGGUUGCGGAUCAGGGACUGUUGAAAGGUGCACUUUGUAGGAGCCAAUUCAUCGCUGACCUCUCACGGCAAUCGGUCUGCGAUUGAUCGGCCUAGUGAAAUGUUAACCGGACGACUUCAGUUAUCGACAUUGACUUAUUAUCAUUAUUCAUCUCCCGUUAUUCAUUCUUCGUAUUUGUCGCUGUUUUGCUUGAUGGACUGCCACUGAUUGUGUCUUGGAGCCGCUGGGCCGUUUCCAAACGAGAACCUCCACUGUUAUAUCGGCAAUAAUUCAGGGAUAAGCGCUAGUAACCUGAUUUGACCGUUGUAUUGAAUACGUUGAUCCUUUGAGGACGGGGAGCUCUGAGUUGAUAGUUCUAAGGGUAUUGCAUAUAUUUUUGUAUGUCCAGCUGCUGUAUCUACAUAUGUCUCUCUGAACGAAUGCUUUGUUGAACAAUUCGCAGAAAAGGAAUAUAAGAUUAUCGUUCGUUCGAUGAGUUGACUGUUUGUUGAUGGGAGGAGCAUUUCCAUCAACUUGUUUCCAUCGAUCUGUCUCGCCGAUUGAUGGUCGAAAGACGGAGAAUAAGCGAAAACGGAUCGUGAAUCGAAUAUAUAUGCCGGUCGACCUGUCGCGCGACGGCCAUGAGUAGUUUAGCUGAAACUAGAAAGUUGGAAACGACAACCAGAUGAGACGCCUCAUCAGUCGAGCUACAGGGGAAUGAUGUUGAAAUAGAAUUAAUCGUUAACGUAUCUAUCAAGCAUGACAACUAUGAAUCCAUCACUAGUUGGCCGGUGAGAGGAACGAAUAGAAUGUGACCGAAAGCCCUCAGCGCGUGCGCUGGGCUUGGUGAGCUGUUGAAAUGAAUAAAGCUAUUCGGCCAGUAUAAGACU